GGCGAGUGGCGCAUACCUCGUUCGGCGCAAGGCAGUCUCUCAAGGCUUGCCGAGCAGUCAGCUGUUUUAUGUCAAGUUUCGUCUGCAGCAGCAGUCAGUCAUGUUUUCCUUGUGAGGUUGACAGAAGAACUAUGCAAUUUGAAACAGUCCAAACAAUCAAAAGUGGAAGUGUUUGUGAUUUUAGAACAUUUCAGUGUUUUUUGUUAGAGUUGUUAUUUUAGUCGGACCAUGGCGCUACAAAAGAAAAAUUCAAAAGAUAAGCUCAACCUCGAGAUCAACAAUUUAGAAUGCACACAUGACAAGACUGAGUACGAGUACGUGCCCCCGGACGGAGGAUGGGGUUGGCUGGUACUACUCGGCAGUGUACUGGUCAGUCUACUCAUCCCUGGUACCAUCAAGUCUUUCGGUGUCCUCUUCGUAGAGUUCCUUGAAGUCUUUAACCUGUCUCCUGCAGUCGCAUCAUGGAUACCCGCCUUAACGUAUUUUCUUUAUUGCUCUCUGGGACCACUGGCAAGUUACCUAUCUACAAAGUACGGUUACCGGAUUGUGACGCUCUUGGGAGGAGUGUUUGCUGCGUCAGGCGUAAUCGCUAGUGUGUUCGCCACCCACAUUGCGCACCUUUAUAUAUGUUAUGGAAUUUUGCUUGGCACGGGUGCUGGCCUCUGUUAUCCCCCAGGGGUAUUUAUUGUCACCUCAUACUUUGUCCGUCUCAGGGGACUAGCGAAUGGUAUCGCUAUUUCUGGAAGUGCACUGGGCUCUGUAAUUUUACCCCCGUUUUUAAGGUUUCUUUUAGAAACAUACGGGUACAGAGGAGCAGUACUGAUCCUGGGAGGUCUGAUAUUGAACGUGCUAGUCGGAGCAUCAUUGUAUGAUCCGGUUCAACAACAUCUCAAAAAAGUUCCAGUCGUCAAAAGUGAAAAGGAUAGUAAACACCAUAAUGCAGAUGAGAACACAGACAAAAAAGCAAAUGGAGAAGUUGUGAAGCUUCCUGAAGAAAAGGCCUUGUUGGAUACAGUUAUUUUUGAGGCACAAGAAAUACCAACAAAAGAGGAUGAAGUAAUUUUGGCGUAUCAUCCUUCGACACCAAAGAAAGAUCUACACAUGUCAGCUGUCAGUCAACCCUUGAUAAUUUUAGAGGGUGACUCAAAUAUGAGAAACGGUGGCAGCCAUCUUAGUCUGAAUCGACAAACUGCAAACUCUGGCAGUGCUCAACACAUCUCUCGGAAGAUCAGCACUGGAUCGUACAGAGGUCGCAACUCCUAUCUAAUGGGCAGCACGGGCCAGAUCACGCGCAGGAUGAGUGUGUCGCGGCCCUUGCCUCGUGUGGCCAGCGCUACUACCAUGUCCCGUAAGAUCAGCGUAGGCUCCAUGUCAUCCUUCCGUUACAUCAGCACACCCUUCCACGGCAGUACUCUGGUCGGACUUAACCCAGAGUUCUCCUCUCAGAUCACCAUGAAAACAGCAGAAAAAACCUCUUGUUUUUCCUCUGUUUGCCCCUGUUUCUGCAAAAGUAGAGGAGAAGAAACGGAAGAGAAGAAAGGAAAUCAGGCGGACAUUUAUUGGUCAUUAUUGAGAGAUCCUGUAUUUAUUAUAAUUUUAAUUUCUAAUGCUACCACAGCAAUAGGAUACACAAACUUUACUAUAUUGUUACCAGCAUACGCCAUUUCUUUAGGGUUCGACAAAGAUAAGGCUUCCUAUCUUCUUUCUAUCGUCUCUACUUUAGAUUUAGUCGGGAGAGUUGGUGGGUCAGCAUUGUCAGAUUGGCUUCCGAUCGAUAAAAAAUAUUAUUACGUCGGAGGAUUGUUAUUUUCUGGAAUUUCCCUGGUGUUAUUGCCCUUGGCUUACAGUUACAAUAGUCUAGCAGUGUUCUGUGCGGCGUAUGGUCUCAGUUCCGGUGUGUAUGUUGGUAUUACAGCAAUAUUCAUGGUGGACCUGCUAGGUGAGGACCGACUAGUCUCAUCUUAUGGUAUCUCACUGUUUGUCAAUGGUAUUCUGCAGCUGUUAGGUCCACCUAUAUGUGGCGCUGCUUUCCAAUACAUAAACUCUUAUGGACCGAUUGUUGAGGCAUUAGGAGUAACUUUAAUCGCAGGAGCCGCAGUGUGGGUUUACCUUCCGUUUAUCAAGCAUAAGGAAAAUGACCAAGUAUUGGCUUGAUUGCCUGUAUAAUUGUUAAGAAAACAGUGCAUGUAACAGGGCCUUUCAUUUACAUUUUAAUAACUGUUGACAUAAUGUAACCUUUUGUAAGUAAUAAAUGCAUAAAUGAGUAAGAUAUUAUUUUGUUGUAUAGUAUGUAUCGCUAAUGCUAUGGAAUAUUAAACUUAAUAGAAAAUUAUGAAUUGAAAGUAGUGUUUAAUGGUAAACACACUUUUUCACAAUAUAUGUUAGAGCGUAGUUUUUAUAAAAAUGUUAAGUAUUAAUUUGUAAUAUAUUUUUAUACUUUGAUAGUUUAUUUAUAUUUGUUAUACUGUAUAGAACAAAAUAUAGAAGCAAUGUUAAAUCAUUUAAAAGAUUUUGUAAAUUUUUGUAAUAAAAAUAUUAAUUACUUACUCA